CACGUGUGUGUGUGUGUGUGUGUGUGUGUGUGUGUGUAUAAUUACACCCACUAACACUUGGCGUAUAUGGCAGCUGAAGCUCGGGGUCAGUAAUACUAGCAGUGAUGCUGUUGAGGGUCUAAUCCAUAUGACUUGCGUUGAAUUCUUCCCCAAAUGAAUCAACAGUUUGGUUCGCGCUGUGUGAAUAAGGGUCGAGGUAUUCCGGAACUCCCGCGAGGUGCUGUAGAUGAACUCUCUGAACCGGCUCGUGUUGUCAGACAACUUGUUUGGCCAGGGGGGCUGCAGUCGUACGUGGGGCGUAGAGCCCACCCUUUGAAAUAAGAUCAUGUAGCGCUGUCGUCCAACUUCUGAAUGGGACGUAAUAAAGCAUGGAAGUCCUCUCAGGCCUCAGGAGUGUAGGACGCUGUUGGCUGGACGCGGCUUCUAAAUUUCAGAAGAAGACCUUUUUGCCUGCUUACUCACGGAAUGGAAUGGAAGAGGUGGUCUGUUAAAAACAGCCCUGCUCCGGGAUCGAAUGUGGAGCGGAAGUUUUGCUGAUGAUUCAUAUCCACUUCAGUUCUCCUGCUCUGUUUAUAUUAACCACUGGAGUGAUCGCCUACAUCUGCUCCUCAGGCUCCGCCCCCAGCCCUGAGUCCAGUCUGAGUGACAGCUCCAGCAGCAACUCACCGUCGGCAUCUCCGCUGACCGUCGCCGGCCCUCUCACCGUGCCAAAACACGCCCAUUCCCGGCCGAAUAAGAACUCUCCGUCUUCUGCCAGGAGUGGCAUCACGAAGCUGAAUGGGAUGGUGCUGCUGUGUAAAGUGUGUGGAGACGUGGCCUCAGGCUUCCAUUACGGCGUGCACGCUUGUGAAGGGUGUAAGGGAUUUUUCCGAAGGAGCAUCCAGCAGAACAUCCAGUAUAAGAAGUGCAUGAAGGCGGAGAACUGCACAAUCGUGCGCAUAAACCGGAACCGCUGCCAGCAGUGCCGAUUCAAGAAGUGCUUAUCGGUGGGGAUGUCCCGAGACGCCGUGCGGUUCGGCCGCAUCCCGAAACGGGAGAAGCAGCGGAUGCUGCUGGAGAUGCAGAACGCCAUGAACAACAUGAUGAACGGCGGCCAGCUGCACCACAUGCUUCAAGACUGCAGCUCUUCCUCUUCCUUAUCCUCAUCCUCCUCGCCGCCCUCAUCGCCGCAGUGCCCCCAGGACUCAGAGCCAGUGGUUGCCAUGGAGACAUCCAUGAGCUCAGCCUCGUCCUGUUCGUCGGACAGCGGGGAGGAGGAUGCGCUGAUCUCAGGGCCAGUAAGGGGAGCCCUCUCGCCUCCCGUGGGUGAGCGGCUUAGUGAAAACAGCGCAGACGGACAGCAACAGUGGAUCAGCGACGGCAACAUAACCGACAACCGCGAGACUCCCGGUGAGAACAGCCAACAAAUCACCACUGGGUACCACACAGCUCAGCAGUGCAGCAGCGCCCCUAGUGGUGCCCACACGGUUAACGCCACUUACUGCCACUACAGCAGGCAUAAUAUGAACGAGCUUGCUGGAAGAGGAGGGCACCGAGGACAUCUGGUGUGUCCAAUGAACACUUCCCCCUUAGUGGACCCUUCGAAGCCCAGUCAUGAAAUCUGGGAGGAGUUCUCUCAGAGUUUCACCCCUGCGGUGAGAGAAGUGGUGGACUUCGCUCGGCAGAUUCCGGGCUUCCAAGAACUUUCCCAGCAUGACCAGGUCAGCCUGCUGAAGGCUGGAACAUUCGAGGUGCUGAUGGUCCGUUUCGCCUCCCUGUUUGAUGUGAAGGAGCGGACGGUGACGUUCCUGAGUGGAAGGAGGUACAGCGUGGAGGUGCUGCGCUCAAUGGGAGCCGGAGAGCUGCUCACCUCCAUGUUCGACUUCAGCGAGAAGCUCAUGGCCCUCCAGCUCAGCCCGGAGGAGACCAGCCUCUUCACAGCUGUGGUGCUGGUGUCUGCUGACCGGACGGGUAUCGAGGACGUGAGCUCUGUUGAAGCUCUGCAGGAGAACCUAAUUAGGGCGUUGAGGAACCUCAUCAUGAGGAACCACUCGAACGAGUCUGCCAUCUUCACCAAGCUGCUCCUGAAGCUUCCCGACCUGCGCUCCCUCAACAACAUGCACUCUGAGGAGCUCCUGGCCUUCAAGGUCCACCCGUAAUCCGGGACCAACCUCCUCUCCCUCCUUCCUCGGACCAAAUCCGGGUUUUAAAUUUUUGUCCUGAAUGUAUUUAUCACAAGCUUUUUUUGUAUUUUAAAGGCUUUAGGAACAGUGUUGGAAAAUGCUGUAUUUUUGUGUGUGUACAAAUAUAUAAUAUAUAAAGUUGGUUUGAAUCAUUGCACUUAUUUGGGUUUGCGGUGUUGGCGAUGUACAUAGUAAAGAUGCGUCACUGUUAAAAGGACGUUAAGACACUGAACGCUAUCAAGACGGUGCAGAACCACUGCUGUUAUCUUACCAAGUGUAUUGACCCGUGAGCAUAUCGCCAAUGGCCAAGGCUCUUAUGCUCGUUACGCUCAUGAGGAAGAGACAAAACGAUAUCGGAGUUUUUCUGAAAUGUGCAAUAGGUGCUGAUGCAUGGUUGUGUGUAGUGGAGUAGCUCGACGUGGUCGAUCUCGUCUGGAAUAGCGAGUUCCUGCUUGUUUGUUUGUUUUCUCCGCAUCCUUUAGAAAACCAUGCGUUCAAAUCUCGUUUUUGCUCGUUAUACUGCGUUUUCUUUUAUUACUGUAUUCAUGAAUGUAUGACGGCUAGCAGCCACGAUUACACGUUUGUAUUGCUUUUGCUUUGCAUUCUGGAUGCGCUGCUUUUUGCACAUGGUAACGUGGAACAGGACGGAAGCACAACUUCACAGUAAUUCAUAUCCGAGAAGUCUAUGCAUAACUGUGACACCACAGCGGUGUGACACAUUGGUCUGUUGAACGGAGUCACGGUGACUGAAAAAAGCAUGGACUUCCUGACCGCCGUCCGUCUUCUAUCACCGGACGUUUGUCAUACCAAGCGUGAACGUGCAUUAUGCAAAGACAAGGAAUUAUGUUUAUAAACUGUACUGGAAGCAAAGGAAGACUCGUACGGAUGGCCUUCCGACCGUAUUCGUCACCGGGGACGUGUUAUUGAGACUUUUUUUAUGAUUAUGUUUGGUCAGAACAUUGAGAGACGGGGUUUUCCAGAAGCUCUUUGGCUCCGACGCCGACUCCCACUCUUCAUCAUUCUAUGCAUAAGGAAGCAGCUCGACAGUGUGGAACUUUCCAUACUUGAACCACAGUUACAGAUGUAAUGUCAUAUUCCUUAUUUGUCCACAUCUGGUCUGUUGUGUACAUCUAUUUCAGAUAUCUAUGUAUAGUAUAUGAAUAAAUAUCUAUUAGUCAAAAGUU